ACCAUCUUCCUAAACAGUCAUUCGGCUGCUAUGAUCGUGUUCAGACGUACCAGCUACGUUACUCCCCGCGGUUGGCAGCGACGAACUUGGAAUAAGGAAAUAUCGCACUUAUUACCGUAACCCAUAACGUCCAGUGUUGUGUGCAAUACGUGACAUGACGAGCAUUGAAGUUUUGUUACCAUCGCCAAGAGUCAACAUGUUGGAUUCGGGGACUUUGGGUGCAGACAUUACCCUGCCCGGUCUCUGCGGGCCGCGCAGGGGCACCCGCCGCCCGUCGGGCACCGCUGAGAGCGAGAGUGAUUCUCCCCCAAGCAAGAAGAGUAAGAAGGCUCGCCGACGGAGGAAGAGGCCUCGUCAGCGCUGCGGCGUGAAUGGGAUUCGGACGAAACCUGUGGCGCCGUUCAACACCACCCAGUUCCUGAUGGCGGAGCAUGACCUGCUCCAGGAUACGGAUAUUGUGGCUCGCCCUCGACGUCAUCGCGACUCCUCCCUCAGUUUAGACUCCGAAGAUCAGUCCAACGAAUUUUAUUCCUCCCCAGAAGACGAAGAAGAGUUCCUCACACGAGAGUUCUGGACGGCCUACGAGGACGUUCACGCGGAGCGCCUCGACACCAUGACGAAGGCGCAGCUGGUGCAGGAGUACCUGGCACUAGAGGAAAAGGUGGACCUACUGGAACGACAACUGUGCGCUGUCAGGGCUCGUCAUCGAUAUCGCCUCCAGCAGAACGGUGAUGACGACGACGAUGCUGUUGGUCCUGGUGAAUUGCGUGUAGACUCUGAGACAGCGCAGAAAAUCACCAUUUUUCAGACGGAGAUCAGCAACUUGGAGACUGAAAACCGCCGCCUGCGGGAGGAAAACAUCGAACUGCGACGUACAUCUCUCACCAGGUCUUCGUCGUCUUCAUCGUCGUCGUCCAGUAGCGACUCCAGCAGUAGCAGUAGUGACUGCAGCAGCGACAGCGAGAUGGAAAAUGAAGAGAUCCCGAGGCAGCAAGAAGAACACCAAGUAGCAACACCUGGAUGUGCAACGACAGGUGUGUGUAGUGAACCACAGGAGUCGUGUGUUGAAGACAGCGUACAGUCGGGGGACAGUGUGAGACAGUGUCAACCAGAUAGUGGUGUGUCGUGUGAUAGUCCUGAGGACGCUGACCCUCCAACCUCCUCCUCCACUUGCGUCAAGGAGGCGGGGGAGGUGGUGGUGACGGCGGGCAAGUCAGAGGCCACUGUGGUGGAGGGUGAGGUGACGAGCACCACAGCAGCGUAGCUACGUCUUGGCUCAAAUCCUCUGUAACACCACUCACACACACGCUUUGAUCUGUGAUCCCAGACUUUAUUUAAUUUAGGUUCACACGAGUGUUAUUGACUAGAAAGUCGCGUCACGCCCACCGGAGAAGACCAGAUCUGCCAGCGGUGUUUGUUGACGUUUGUGUCGCUGCUUCACAUCGACCACAGGAUGGACACGGCCCAAGUCACCUGUAACAUCUGUAAUUGGUUGACAUGCAAGUUUUUGUCAUAUUUCAAGUGUUCAUUUAGGCUAGUGAAAACUAUCGUGAAUAUUUGUGAUCUCCAUAUCUUUAGUAAAAAAAAAUAUAAGGCAGUGUUGGGUGGUCACGUGAACUUGUCGGCAGACUAGACUCGUGUGAGAAUUUAUGAUAAGGAUUGACUUCGCUAAGGACGAAUUAAUUCUUAAGAACUUUACAAAAUCGAUCUCUUAUAAUACUAAAUUGAUUAUGGAAGAUAAUUUCAUUUUAUUCUUUGUGUAUCUUAAGAAAAAUGAUAAGAAAUUGUUUAGGAUGCUACAAUAUGAAGUGAUUAUCGUACGCGAGUGUGUGGAAGAGAUGCCAGACACUGCUAGUUUCCAGAUACCAGUCCGCCAAAUCCGUUCAAUUCAAAGGAUUUUUUCUAAUGUUUAGGAUGUCUUGUAUAUGUAUUCAAGGUGUAUGGAAUAAGUAUUAUGUAAUCUAUUACUUCCCAUCCAAGAGAACUGGAGAAAAAUAUUUUGUUGGAUAUUUCACCAAGGCGGAUUUGUGUAAUUGUAUUUCCAUCCUAAGGUUCUGAUAAAGUAAGACGAGAUUCUAUGCUCAUUAGUGUUAGAAUACUCGCGGACAUAUCUCGAAGCUAGUCAUUAAGGUCAAAUUCUGUAAUUCCCACAAGAGCCUUAAUGAACCAUGAAUUGCUGUACUGUUUUCUGGUCUCGUGGGAAUUGUCUGAAUUUGUACCACAUAUAUUUUUUAUGAAAAGGAAAGAUGUUAUGCCAAUUUAACAGGAUAUAUUAUUGAAUAAAUAAAUAUAUAUAUAUUAUGUUCUCCGGUUUUUUGUAAGCCAGAGACAGGGCAGGGCGUUCGUUUCUUGGCUGUGACUUACGCUUGGGACCGGCGCGUUCCAGACGCUACUGUAUGCUUCUGUUGUAACGCCCAGUGAUAAAAGAGGUAUAUAGAGUAACGCUCGUCUAUUAUUUUGUUUUGCGAGCGAUUUUGAUCCUUAUACUAGGAGUCUGUAAAGGUAUAUUUUCUUGUCAAUUGUAUGUGCAGAUUCUAAGGGAAAUGACAAACAUAAGAGUUCUAAGUAUGGAUCAAAAUUCCUGGUAUAUUUUUUUCUGCAAGCUGAACCAUUUUAUUAUGUAAGGCUCGUCAAUUACAUGUCUUUUAGUCUUACGGCAAGAUUUUUAAAGGUGCAAUAAGCUUCAGCCGGUCACGGUGAACACAAAAGAGAUUGGCUGAUGUGACUUUCUUGCAAGUUAGAGAAAUAUCAAUCAAUCUCGAGCGUGGUAUCGUGAGUGUGCGGGCUUUACUUACCUCUGAAAGUCUGCUACACAUAUCCUGUUGAUGGCUGCGAGACAUUUCGGCUAGAAUUCUGGAAUGGCUUAUGAAAAUCAAUAGGACCCUCAAGCUCAGUUUCUGAUGGGCUAAUAUUGCCUAAGUGAUAUUGGGCGAUUUCAGAAUUCGAAGCUCAGCGAGUACAAAGUUCCCAUGAUCUUAGCCUUCCCCCUUGUUUAUUUUUUUAAGAAAGAGUAUUUGUUAUAAAAAAAGGUUUAUUAAUAGCUAUAAAUAAAAAAAAUAGCGUUGCAAGUAAAGUUCUUGGUUAUAUGCAAGUGGAAUCUUAUGAUGAUGGUCGUACCUGAGAUUAUAAGAUAUAUAAAUGAAACGUGAUCUUUCCUUUUCAAAAUGUUAUGUGCUUCCUGCGCGGAGAAAUGUAAAACAGAUUUUUCAGAAAUAAUAAAAGAAUAAAAAUAAAA